GGGGGGAGUGAGGGAUGGAGUCGGGUCGGAGCAGAGCGGGGUCUCACGCGGAGCUGAGGUACUUUGGUUCAGUCUGUGGCAGAAUCGAGAGAACCAGUUGCCGGACACCAUCAACGGAAAACAAUCAGCGUUCAACUGUGCAAGAUUUAGAGCUUUGCUAAUAAAGAUAUACUUAUGGUAGAUGGCAUUGUCGGAGACAGCCGGAGGGGAUUCUUCAGCCCAUUUCUCAAGCUGAAUCCAAAUGACACUUCCUCCACCCAAAAGUCCCCCGAUGACCACAGAACUCCACCUAUAUUCGGAGGAUGCUGCAUAGUGUGUGACACGGUCGUCCGACCGCAAUCGACUGGUGCAAGAAGCGUCCUUCCCUCAACCAGAGCAUGACACUCUCAGCAGUGGACAGUUGGAAAAGGGCUUCGGAAAUGAACCCCUGUGGACAGCCGCAAGACUGGGUCAGUGGCAGGAGCACGGCUAGGUAAAGAAGCAGAGGUCUUCGUGUGAGGAGAGAAAGCAUACAACUAAAAAGUGGGGGGCAAACGAUCGCAUCAGCAAAGACAUACCACCUCAAAUCAUGGGGAUACAGCAUCUUCUGCUUCUUUUGAUUUACUUGGACCCGCUGAAUGUACUGUGCGCGGCUACAGCCAACAAGAAGAAAAACGCUCCAAAGCGGAAUCAGAAGAUGAAGGAGGUGAACGGCACGGAGGCGCCUACUGCGGUUCCGCGGCGAAACACUCAGGUCCAGGCACCUUCGAUCGCUACCCAUGACACGUGCCUGGGCUACUAUGACGUGAGCGGAGCGUACGAUAAAGUGUUCGAGUGCAACAAUACCGAGCACCGCUACUGUUGUGGAAGUUGUUUCCUGCGCUAUUGCUGUGCAGAAAAAGGGAAACGCAUAGAACAGAAAACUUGCACAAAUUAUAACACCCCAGAUUGGAUCAAAACGCAGCCUCCCUCCCCGGCACCAACAGGUGACACUUACGACCCUGACUUGGAUCAGACUAACACAACGGUAUACAUCACCUGUGGUGUCAUAGCUUUUAUCAUCCUCAUCGGAGUUUCUGCAAAAGUUGCCUACGACAAAGCAACCAAGCCCCCUCAGGAAAUGAAUGUCCAUAGAGCCCUUGCAGACAUUAUGAGGCAACAAGGACUAAAUAAGGAGAAUGAAAAUAUUGCAGCAUUGGAGGGUUCACCCAAAGACAUGGACACACCUCUCCGAACAUCCAAGAACCAUUACACCCCAGUUCACACCAUGCUAGCAAACCACGGGCACUAUGGGAAAGAGAACUUCCGCCAAGGCCAACUUGAUCAUAACUUCAUCUCCUCUGGAUUCGUGACACUGGGACGACCGCACCUAAAAGCGCAGCACUCUGUAGACGAUUUAGGGCAACUGUCCUGGCAGGGAGAUCUGGACGUUCCUAAUAUCUCCUACAGCAACCACCAACAUGAUUAUCAACAUAGUCACCUGGAUCUUACCCAGGCCCACACACCUAAAAUUGCCCACAGACAAAUGAGACAUGAGAAGCCCCAGCGCAUGAACAACAUCCUAACCUCGCAGACAGAGCCAUACGACCUGGACAUGUCCUUCUCACGCUCCUUCCAGAACCUCACCCACCUGCCUCCCAACUACGAACUGGCGGCAAUGAGCAAAGCUGACUUAAGUAAAUACUCCUCUCUCCACAAAUUAAGUGAUAAGGACAUAGAUGAGUACUACAUGCGGAAGCGACACCAAGACUUGGCAGGUCGGCAGAUUCUGCAGCCGCCCCACAUGGUGAAGCUGAACACAGAGCCCCACCAGCAGCACCGUCAGCGGCCUCACCGUGUCCAGAGGGCCAUGUCCCAGGACCAUGUGCUGUCCCCAGAGAGGACCCCACGCCAUGGCUACGGCCUCUCAGCCUACAACAUGGGUGUCUCUUCCUACGGCAGCCGCAUUCUCUCAGAGGAGCAGCUGCUCUCCGCAGAUCGCCUCCAGUCCCAGGACCCCCUGCUCUCGCCGGACAAGAUGCUGUCGCUGCGGCGCUCCAACUUCCGGGAGAAGGCCAUGUCGCGGGCCAUGUCCCAUGUAGACAUCAACUUUGUGCCCACCACACCUGUCAUAGACCGCAGUGAGCGCUACGCUAAGAUGCAAAAGAUGCACUCCCAUCCCACUACCAUCAACGACUCAUACAACACGCUCACCGUCAACCACCCGACCACCAACAAGAGGCAGCAGUUUGCCUCGCGACGGACACACACGGUGGACCAUCUACAGUACAUCCCAGGCCACCAGCACAACAACCAGUACCGCACGGCCAGUAAGAACGAGGUAACUGUUUAACGAGAGGGUGGCUGGCCAAGGAUUCCUGUGUCAACAGACUGUCAACAGAUGAAAGCAGCAGAUACUUCCAGAGGUGUGCAACCUCACCUUAGGUCUUCUUUUCAAAGUAGCCAACACAUAACCCUUCUUGCUUUCAGCUCAAGCUCUCAGUUUCAUUCAGAUUUGGAUCAUCACAACCAGAAUCAACCACAAAGACAUCAGUACUUUAUCUAUAGGGCAACAUAAGGGCUUUGCACGUUGACACAUAAGGAAUGCUUUAUGUGAGGUUAUCUGUAAGAAGACAAUUUUUUUUUUUAAAAAGUGGAAUUGGAAAGGAACUGGAUCAACUUUAUAAAUAUAUACAUAUAUUUACUAUUUGUAUUUUCAGUCCUUGUUAUAGCUUUAGAAAUUCUUAUUGAACUUAACUGGUGUUAGAACUUCAAGAGGUGCCUCUCGAAAUUGUUCCCAUUUCAACGAUGAAGUGGAUUUGUUGGUUAAAAAGCACAAUUAAUGGGUUUCUUUCUCUGUUGGUUUAUUCUUGUUUUUUGGUAACGGCCAGCACAUAUCAGCUUAUUAGUGGCUAUAGUGGCAAUUUCCAUUGCAUAAAUGAUUGUAAAUAGGCUAUAUUAGCAGAAUUAUACACUAAAUGAGAAGAGCUGGACAAGUGGAAUUGUUGAGUUUCUACCCAAGAGUCUACAGUCUUUUCACAAUUAAAGAUCACAAUUUCAGAUUAGUCCAACCCCUCAACAAAUACUUGAUACUAACAAACAUGUUCAAUAAUGUGUGUGCGUAUGUGUGUAUAUUUUUGUAACUGUGCUUGUAGGAUGAUUGUGUAUGGCUAGGGUUGAAUCAACCUCAUGCCACUGUUAAUUAGCAGCUUUAGACUGUAGGCACACUACUCCACAGGUGACUAUGUAAACUAAUGCUUCUUUCAAUAGCUUCAUUUUCUGCACUCAUUCCCUCGCUAUAUAAUCCAAGUGGAUGACAUCCAUUUUGUUUUGAGUUAGGAAAAGCUGCUUUCAUUUUGAUAUACAGUAUUGUCGUAUAUUUGACUCCAUUCGUCAGAGUUGAAGAAUAAUAGUUGUUGUUAUAUGUUUACAAUUGUUACAUUGUUGCAGGUGUGUUGACGUACCUGAAACAAUCGACAAAGAGGACAUCAAUAUAAUCACUAGCUAAGCAAGGAUUAAAACUGUGAUUCUUAUGUCCAGAUGUUUUCAUUAAAGCAAUGCCUUAUUGUGUGGAAGCCCAUACUCAUGUUCUUAAUUGUACAAUCACGCUUGUGUUUUUAUGUCUUGUGUCUAACAUGUUGAUGCGUAACCAACUUUUUAUGUCAUUUUUUUUCAUCAUAGAUGAUUUACCAGCACUAUAGAAGCACAGAAGGACAGAAUCAGUUUCGGUGAUAUACCUCAGAAAUGAUAGGGCACACAUUUUACAAGGAUGAAAUUCUUAAAUUAACAAAAAUGUUCUUUGAAAAGAAGCAAAGGAAGUGAUUAUUUUAAGCAAAAAAAAUUAAGAAACUAGAAUUGAACAAAAUAUUUCACAUGAUAAAAAAAAUGUCUUCCACAUUUUCAAAUUCAUCCAGACUUCUUUGUGGACUCCCACUGUGUCCUCUUAUACUUAUAGAGUAACAGACCCAUCAAGUACAUGAUUUGUCAUUGUUUUUACUUUUCAACUAUCUCUUCAGUUAACAAGAAAGUCAAAAUAUUAUUGUAAAAUCCUGGGUCAUGGAAAUGGGUAUAUAGACAUUUACUGUAGAGAUGUUGUUAUAUAAAUUUGCUGGUCAUUAACAAUUUCAAACAUUGUCACUGGUGUACUACCUUAAAUGUUAGGAGCUUGCAUAAUAUUGUUACAACUUGUGCAGUGUGUCCAUAUUUAAGACUUGAUUUUGCUUAGAAUUUGUCAUUACAACAGAGGCUAACAUUGCAAUUUUUCUUAGCAAAUUAUAUGCUUAUAUCAUUAUAUGCCUAGCUAUACUAUACUGUAUGUUCACAUGCAAUGUAGACACAGUAGAAAUUGAUGCACUUGAAAUAUUAAGAGCAAUUAUUACACUAGUUUCAAGCCCCUGUAUCAGCUAAGAUAUUGAGAGGAUGGCAACUAAAAUGUCAUUUCUUUUGAGGUUCAAUUUAAGGCCAGAGUACCAAAAGAAACCGUGAUAGUUCAAUAUGGAGUUUCAUAGUCCUUGUCAAGCUCCAGUGAUAGUUCAAUAUGGAGUUUCAUAGUCCUUGUCAAGCUCCAGUGAUAGUUCAAUAUGGAGUUUCAUAGUCCUUGUCAAGCUCCAGUGAUAGUUCAAUAUGGAGUUUCAUAGUCCUUGUCAAGCUCCAGUGAUAGUUCAAUAUGGAGUUUCAUAGUCCUUGUCAAGCUCCAGUGAUAGUUCAAUAUGGAGUUUCAUAGUCCUUGUCAAGCUCCAGUGAUAGUUCAAUAUGGAGUUUCAUAGUCCUUGUCAAGCUCCAGUGAUAGUUCAAUAUGGAGUUUCAUAGUCCUUGUCAAGCUCCAGUGAUAGUUCAAUAUGGAGUUUCAUAGUCCUUGUCAAGCUCCAGUGAUGGUUCAAUAUGGAGUUUCAUAGUCCUUGUCAAGCUCCAGUGAUAGUUCAAUAUGGAGUUUCAUAGUCCUUGUCAAGCUCCAGUGAUAGUUCAAUAUGGAGUUUCAUAGUCCUUGUCAAGCUCCAGUGAUAGUUCAAUAUGGAGUUUCAUAGUCCUUGUCAAGCUCCAGUGAUAGUUCAAUAUGGAGUUUCAUAGUCCUUGUCAAGCUCCAGUGAUAGCUAAAACAACAAAAAAAUGGCUGUAAAACUAUGUCAGAGCAACAAGAGAAUUGAGCAACGAAAAAAUGACAUUUGAUGGCCCUGACUCUGACAUGGUGGGAGCUGCAACACUGUGUUAUACUGACGUUGCACCACCAGAAUCUUACAGACAUGUCUCUAAGCAACCAUCUAUCUGGCUCAAAUACAUCCACCCCAUCGCAGAGCUCCGGCUCAGUUUUUAUCGUAGGUUCUGAGACUAAGGUGCUGCUAAGUUGUUCUGUCCCAUGAUCUAUCUGCUGUAAAAGCUCAGUUUACUUUUGUUGCAAAUAUUCCUUGCCAUUUAUUAAGCUUGUAUUUUUAUGUGUCAAUGUGGUAUGAAUGAAAAUUCCUUUGUGUCUUUGUUGCACAAACAAUGGAGGACUCAUUUAAAAAGCUUCAAAGCAAGCAGUAUACGACUGUUCCUGUGCAAAUGUUUUUGUUUACAAAUGAAUUAUUAAAGCACAUCCCAUGUGUAUUGUGCAAAACAAUAAUCCGUUUAGUAAAUAUGGAGUCUGGGGGAAUUUUUUCACAUGUUCAUUUAAACAAUAUUCAUGAAUAUUCGUGAAUUGGUUAUAUUGGUAUUAUUAUUUUUUAUGGCUGAGGUAUAAACAUAUAUUAACUGUUUGUAAAGAAUGACAGAACUAUAACCCACAUCUACUGUAUAUAUGGAAUUAUACAACUUGUUUGACAGUCUAAUAAAUGUAUAAACCUAAACAGCAUAUACCCCAUAGAUAUAAUACUAUGGACCCCCAGGUUAAGUUACAAAUCGUUGUUAUCCUGUCACCUAUAUUAACUAGACUAAAUGCUACUCUGAAAUUUUUGCAAGAAGUUGCCCAAAUUGCAACCUCACCCACAAGGUCUUACACACCACACAUUUGGAAUACACAUGAAACAAGAUAAAGAAACGACAUCUUUAUCCAAUGCAAUGC